AUGCACACGCAGUUCCCUGAGUUCGAAGGUCAGGAUUUUGGGAUCUCUGGGGUAUGUAGAGCAGAUUCUGGUGCAAGCGUACGGAGUCCAGUGUUUGGACUAGUGUGUGCUGAGGCUUGGAAGGUGGACUUGUCCCAGUCUUGUGUAAAUGCGGGAUUUAUGCUUGGAACAAUAUUCCUGGGUUUUGCAGCAGACGUUUAUGGCAGAAAAAAAUGCUUCCUGUUUUCCGUUUUUACAACCUCAGUUGCUGGGCUCGCUGUGGCGUUUGCUCCAAGUUACCUUUGGUUCAUCAUCUUCCGCACUCUGCAGGGAUUGCUCAGCAAGGGUGGUUGGCUGAGUGCCUAUGUCUUAAUUACAGAAAUUGUCGGAAUGGAGUACAGAAGAACAGUGGGGAUUGUGAACCAGAUGUGCUUCAGUGUUGGGAUGAUACUACUUGCUGCUGUCGCACUUUUUAUACCAGCCUGGAGAGGUUUACAGUUGGCAGCCACCAUACCAAACUUUGCCUUCCUCACCUACUACUGGCUGAUGCCGGAAUCUCCGAGGUGGUUGCUGUCUCAAAAGAAACACGAUGAGGCCCAAAGAAUUCUACGGAAGAUGGCAAAAAAGAACAAAAAGCACAAUUUCUCGACAGAUGUUGAGACAGUUCAAAUUGAAGAUUGUGCUGAAACAUUGAAGAGGCCCUCAGCUAUAGACUUGGUAAAAACACCACAGAUAAGGAAGCAUACUCUUAUUCUGAUGUUCAACUGGUUUUCAAGUGCUGUGGUGUACCUCGGGCUUGUCAUGCGUUUGGGGGUUAUGGGAGGAAACAUUUACAUCAAUUUUGUCAUCUCAGGAGCUGUGGAACUACCAGCUGCAAUCAUCAUUAUUCUUGUUAUUGACAGAGUUGGGCGUCGCCUUCCCUUUGCAGGGGGCAAUUUUCUAGCAGGUGCAUCCUGCCUGAUAACUGCCUUCAUUCCUGAUGAUCAAUUCUGGCUGAAAGCAGUAAUCUCAUCUUUGGGCAAACUAGGGAUUACGGUGGCCUUUUUAAUGGUCUGUUUUGUAAAUACCGAAUUAUAUCCAACAUUUUUAAGGAACUUUGCGGUUUCAGUGUGCUCAAUACUGUGUGAUUUUGGGGGAAUCAUAGCACCAUUCCUACUGUACAGGUUGGCAGUGUUCUGGACCGAAAUGCCCCUUGUGGUUUUUGGAGUGAUUGCUUUGAUUGCUGGUAUACUCGUCUUGUUUCUACCUGAAACCAUGGGGAUUACCUUACCAGAGACCAUUGAAGAGGCCGAAACCAUUGGACGAGAGAAGAAAGCAGCCCCAAAGACAACCUAUGAGCUGGUUACUGCACAUCCUCCAGCAGAGACAAAUAACAACAAGUGACCUGCUUCAGAGAAGAACAUCACUUCCUGAAUUAGAUUAAUAUGUUCAACAUUAGUACUGACAUUAUUUAACUGUCAAUAAUAUGGAAUACUGUGUGCACAAUGUUCAAGGCAUGCAUCAUCAUGUCCUAUUAGAAAAAACGCUCAGUUUUUUGUAAUCAUAAACAUUGGAGAUUAAAAUAUAUGAUUCUGCUCACUGUAUAUAGAACCCUCAUAAAGUUAUAGGGAUAUACAGCACGGAAACAGACCCUUUGUUCUAACUCAUCCAUGCCGACUAGAUAUACUAAAUUAAUCUAGUCCCAUUUGCCAGCAUUUGGACAAAUCCCUC